AUGGCAUCGUGGUACUCGAAGCUGCUCACCACCACGACAUCACAAAUCUCGAACCUCCAGAGCAGGUUGCUUCAGAGUGAAAACGACGGCGAUACCGAGGAUGACACCCACGGCAAGGGCGGGGGCGGGGCCAGCCACCGCAACAGCAACAGCAACAGCAACAAGGUGGACAAGGCCAAUCUCUGA